AUGUAUAACCUCUACAAUAGAUUACAACAAAGGCAACGCAGUGCGGAGACAACCCCUGUACCAGGUAUGGGUAGUGAAGGGUCUCCAAAUGUCGCUGAUAAUUCUUUAUUAUUGGAUUUUUUUGAUGCGAUUAACAACGAAGUUAAUUCGUUCAACAGAAUGUUGACCGAUGUCACAAGGCCAAUGUCAAACUCUUUGUUAAGGUCUGGGCAUGGUCGCAGGUGGCUGCAGCAGCAGCUUGGCGGUUCUGGGAUUGUGCCUCUAGUUGAUAUGUUGGAACUUGAAGAUUCAUAUGAGGUUCAUGCCAGUAUCCCGGGCGUCAACAGUGCAGAUGACAUUGCGCUCGAGUUCCAUAGUGAGAAAAACGAGCUGGUUAUCUCCGGGGAUAUUCCUGAAAGGGAGACGAUCGAUGGUCAGUACGGUUGGAGAAUGAAGGAGCGUGACACUGGACACUUCCAGCGCGCUAUUGUGUUUUCGGAACACCCAGGCGUGGAUUUUGAGUCGAUCACGGCGAAGUACACUAAUGGAGUUUUGAAACUUGUAAUACCCAAACUUGCCCCGGGUAAGGACGAAGGUGAAAAGGUGUUCAAGAUCAAGGUUGAGAACUCUGAGUAA